GGAACUUCUUCUUCUUGUUUUGGGUGACUUAAACGACUUUUCUUCUUCUUCCUCUCCCAUAAAUAAAUAAUCUCCUCGCAAUCUUCAUCGGCGAAUCCCAAUCUUGUGGCUUAGAGUUCUCUCUCAUCUUUUUCUUCGUCAUCUUUGCUCGGUAAGAUCCUCAAUCAAGCGUGAUUUUUGAUUGAAAUUCUUCUUCAACCAAAGGAGAAAGAUUUUCACUUGCUAGGGUUUUUACCGUUGUUUAAUUUUACUUCGUUUUCUUUCUGGUCUGGUUUUUUGGGGCUUUUUAUCCUUUAUUCUUAAUCAAUUUCAUUGUAUAAUCAUUGAUUUUGAAUUCUGUAGCUUGUGAUUCAAGGAUCUGAUUGAAUAGGGUUAGAAAAAGUAUCAAUUUUUUAGAAAUUGAUUUGGGGGUUUUAAAAUCUUCACCGCUGCUUAGAUUCACUGGCUUAUCUGAAUUCAGUUGUUCUGUUCUUCGUUAAUUAGAGAGGAUUUCUUGUGGCUGUUGUUGUUUUUGGUAUUUGAUAUAAUGGCGGCAGGCAAAGUCAGUGCUUCGAGACGUGAAAAUCUCUCUCAUGUCUCUCGAAAAGCAUCUCAGCGUUGCGUGUUCGACGACGAGGAUAUUAGGGUUGGAGGGAAGGAGGUUAUGGAUUCAGAUGAUGGGGCUGUGCUUCUCCCUCCUCAGAAGAGGAGGAAGUUUUCUCCUGUUAUGUUGGAUGAGGAAGACAUUAUUCACUCAUGUUCGACUCAAGAGAUAAAUCUAGAUGAUGAUCAUGAGCCUGGCCAGAUUCACGAAGAGGAUUUUACUCGUGCGCCGAAUAUUUUGAUGUCUCGUUGGGCAUGUGAUGAUGAUUUGGAGGAUUAUAGUCGUGAAGAGAAGGGAAGGGGAUCGAGUCCUGAGAGUGGGGUUACCCAAAAGGAGGGUUCUGACAAUUCGGGGAGUAGGUGUUCUGGGUCGGAUGAAGAAUGUGUGCUGAGAUCCUACAGUGAAGUUGAAUGUUCAGAAAGUGACUUGGAGAAUGAUGAACGUAUGGAGCUUGAUGAUAGUGAAGGUUAUGAUUUGGUUUCUGACGAGGACUCUAUGGCCAGAGUUUCCGGGGUUGGAAGGAGGAACAUGCUACAGGGUUGUAGAAGCGUAUUUGAUUAUGAGAAGCUUGGUAAAAUUAGUGAGGGUAGUUAUGGUAUUGUGUACAAAGCAAGGGACAAGGAGAGUGGGGAGAUGGUUGCUCUAAAGAAGAUGAAGAUGGGAAACCAAAGAGAGGGUUUUCCAGUAUGUUACUUGAGGGAAAUUAAUACUCUUAUGUCCAUGAACCACCCUUCUAUAGUGAAUGUUCGAGAAGUAGUAGUCGAUGAUAGUGUUGAUGGAUUUGAUAGUAUUUAUAUGGUGAUGGACUAUGUGGAGCAUGACCUGAAGUUGCUAAUGCAGUCCAGGAAGCAACCUUUUAGGCAGAGUGAAGUGAAGUGUUUAAUGCUUCAGCUUUUAGAGGGUGUUAAAUAUCUUCAUGAUAAUUGGGUGCUACAUAGAGAUUUGAAGACAUCAAAUCUAUUGUUAAAUAAUAAGGGCGAGCUGAAAAUAUGCGAUUUUGGAAUGUCACGCCAGUACGGCAGCCCACUGAAGCCAUAUACCGCGUUAGUGGUUACACUUUGGUACAGGGCUCCUGAACUUCUUCUUGGAGCUAAAGGGUAUUCAACCGCUCUUGAUAUGUGGUCUGUGGGUUGCAUAAUGGCUGAAUUACUGACAAAUAAACCAUUAUUUGAUGGGAAAACGGAGUUUGAGCAGUUAGACAAGAUAUUCAGAACGCUGGGCACGCCUAAUGAAAAGAUUUGGCCGGGUUAUUCUCAGCUGCCUGGGGUCAGGCUGAACUUUGUUAACCAACCUUUACAUUAUCGUUUCAGGUAUAAUCAAUUACAUAAGAAGUUCCCUCGUGCAUCUUUUACAGACUCUCCAGCACUUUCUGACUUGGGACUUGACUUGUUGAGCCGGCUAUUGACAUAUGACCCUGAGAAGAGGAUAACAUCAAACGAGGCCCUUAACCAUCCCUGGUUCCAGGAGGUUCCUCUCCCCAAUUCCAGGGAGUUCAUGCCUUCUUUUUCAGCAAACAAGUAUCUCUGUCGACUUCGACUGGGAUUAAUAGGCAUAUAUGGAUCGGUAAUCGAGGACAUUUGGAUGACUAUCUAUUGGAUGUGUGUCAACUGGAGUUAAGACAGUUUUGGAUUAUGAGUGAUGUGGAAGUGGAUUAUGCAUUAUUAUAUCUGGGAUCAGUUACUUCCUCUCUCUUUCUCUCUCUUGUGCUUUUACAGAUGUUCAUGGGGCUGGGCUCUUUGUGUUGGAGGCUGCUGCAGUGUUUAUCCGUUGUGCUGCUGCAUUGAUCAUUCAUUGAUGGUUUUGUCUGUGAAUAUCGGAAGUAACAGAUUUUUUUGACUGAUUAUACCUCUUAGUGAAUUGGCUUUACCACCAUUAUGUCCUGUGCUCUUACAGAUUUGAGCUAUUUUGGAAGAUUGGACAUAUAUGUUGCCCCAUAACGCCGUUUAGCUACUGGGAAGCUAUUAUGGAGCAGACUUUGCAUCUGGAAUGAGUUUCCUGUUUGACCUCAAAUUAUCUGUCAGGCAGCUGCUUGAAUGUGUAAGGUGUGAAGUAGCAGUUCCUUACUCUGCUGUUCAUAUCUCUGUUCUCCUUUCUUUGUUCAGUGGUCAUGAUUGUUUUGUAUUCUUCUCUUCUAUGUUUUAUAUUCUAUUUUCUUUUAUUUCUUACUCUUAGGUGGUGGAGAUUUGACGAAACUCUUGUAAAUUCUCAAUAUUUUCUUGUAUAUUCUCACUAUCGUUAGACUGGUUAUGGACUUAUGGUGUACUAUCUAAAUAUAAUUCAUUUUCUCUGCUAGUCAUUUUUGCUUAAUUUAAUGUCAUACAAUGCACUUAUUUUUGCAAGAAUUGCUGCAUUAAAGGGGCACUGGAAAUAGUUUACAUCAUGCCUCAGCUACACGAGAAACUUUCAAGCUUUCAGGUAUUAGUAUAUCUAACAGAUUGAAGAUGUGGCGGUGCAAUUCUGAAGUUCUUUUGUGAAACUGUUAUGUUUAUGCAUUGCUUUUCAAUAUCUUGCUUUUUUCCUGCAUUCGCUUCCCCGGUUUAACACAUUCAAAGAUACUCAAGGGUAUCUUCAUUUGAACAGCAGCGUUUGUGAUCCAAUAUGAUGCUUGGCAAAAGAAUAAUUUUAUCUUUUUUUAAAUGGUUAUACAUGGGAAACAUCAUCUGUGUUAGUUGAGCCUUUGGUUGUUGAAUUUAGUUUUCUAGAACAUUAGCUCUAUCUACUAAGAUGAAUCAAACUUUUCCUGUGGUCUUGCAUCUGAAAUGCAGCAUUGAAGUUCGAAGGAGUCGAAACUAUGUGCAAUUAAUGGUCCUAAUACUUGUUUUUAGUUGCUAUUUAUGGGUUCCAUCCGUAUUUGUUGGCUAAAGGUAAUUUACAGUUGAUGAGUGUUCUCUAAAAUAUUUGCACUGAUUACUGAAUGGGAAUUUGUGCAUUAUCCUAUUUUUAUCUUUACUUUCGAGAAUUAUUACUAGAAAAUGUUGUAAUGAUGGGAGGAUUUCUACGUAGUAUGAGCAUCUUUUACUUUCUCUUUUUUGGUGUUUCUUCCUCUUCUUCUCUCAUAGAAGCAACCAUAUUAGAUUAUUAAUAUUGAGUUGUCAAUUCUUCGCUCUAGGCUUGUAGUCAAUUCAGGACCUUGACUGCAAAAUUUCAGCAUUUAUUGUGGAGUUUGACUGGUAUGUUAUUUCUUUACUAGUUAAUUGUAUGAUGUCUUUUGUAUUAAGUUGCAUCCUUGUGUACUCAAUCAUGUUUACAUUGGAUGAGGGAUCUUCAUGAGAGAUGGAGUUACCAGUGGAUCCAAUGCAGCUUUCUACAUCAACAAUGGAAUGCUGAGGAGUACUGCUUGUACAUUUUACUCGCACUAAGAGUUGUGUAGUGGUAAAUUGUAUUUCUUGGCUUUUUUCUGUGGUUGGUGGCUGAUCAUAUGCUUUUUACAUUCUGUAAUUUGAAGUUGAUCAGGUGUUGUUGAACUGUGCUGAGCUAAAUUGUUGUAGACUAAAGCUCUCCCUAGUUCUAUUAUAUUCGAGUAAUUGUUUUACUACGUUCUGAUUCCCAGAUAUGUUGAUCUGACAACUCCUUCACCAGGUUUGAGGUACAUUGUUCAAUAUUGAUUCAACUAGGAAAUUGGUCUUUGGAGUCUGAAAUUAAGUUUGUGUUAAGCAUUGUCAAAUGUUACGAUAUAUUUGUUUAUGACACCAAGCAUAUUUAUUUCAAAUGAUGUGUCAUGAUGCAGUAAGUUUGUUGUCGUUUUUUUUUUUUUGGGGGGGGGGGGGAGUAAGGAAACAAUCAGUUUAUGUACAUUUCAUAUUGUGAGUUUGAUUUUAUUCUGGAUGGAAUUCGUUCCUAUUUCCUAGUAAAGACCAUCUUUGUCUUGAUAUUUAUGAGGUAUGGUCCUUUUUUUGUUCUCACUUGCCAUACAGUUUUAUUGCUUUGUGUAGUAGCUUGAGGUUACUUGAAUGUUCAUGCCCUGAAUAUUAUCCCCUUGCUUACUAAAGGAGGCAUUUUGAAGGCUCUCUUUAUGCGUAUAUCCAAUUUCCAAUUGCCCACCCAGAAUGGGCUAGAUGCAUUGAUAGGUACUCCACCACUGGGUUGGUCAACUUUUAGUUAUAAAAAAUAUCACCAUAUCAGGUAUGUUUACCACUAGUAAUGUGUUCAUGUUCGUUUGUAUUCUGUGCCCAAGGUAGUUAGCUAUUUUUCUCACUUGCCCUGUUGUGCAUGUGAAGUUGUGCAAUGUUGCUGAGCACCAGUAAACGAAGAAACUGGACUCCUUUGUCGAGCGAGUCAAUUGAAUCUACUAUUUGAUAUUGUGAUCAUUAGAGUUAUUUUUUAUGCAAACCUUUACACUGGUGCCUAAUAAAAGUAUAUAUGGUGUCUUGGCGAUGUA